AUGACUUCCAAAGAAUCAGAAGUUCUUCCUGGAUACUACAGAGAGCGUAAGCUGGGCCAUUGGGCUCGUAGAGCACUUUUAGUACUCUUGACAAUUCUGGGGCUUAUCUUCUUCACAACCAGUCGCAACUUUAUCAAGGACUUACCAUCAACAUCCGCGGUAAAAACUGCAAUUGAGGAAGCAGCUAGAACAUGGAGUCGUCCUCAUGAGCCUGACUCGCUUUGUCCGCUCGUAAAGAAGGUGGAUCCCCGCUCUUUGUUGUAUAAUAAUGACACCAUCAAUACCAUUUUACACGAUGAAACUUUCAGAAACGAAUCCUUGAAGAAGCUCUGGAAUGCCGUCAGAAUUCCUACCCAGGUCUACGAUGAUCAGAAGAACCCCAAUUCCACCGAAACACUUGAAGAAUUGUAUAAGAUUGAACCUAGGUGGAAACCUUAUGAACAGUUCCAUAAGUACUUGGAAAAGACUUACCCUCUUGUCCACAAACACUUGAAAGUAGAGCAUGUGAACAAAUUUGCUCUCGUAUACACAUGGCAGGGUUCUACUGACAAAAAACCUAUAUUGUUGACGGCUCAUAUGGAUGUAGUGCCAAUUCAGGAAGAGACCCUAGACCAGUGGAAGUACCCUCCAUUUGAAGGAGGUUAUGACGGCAAGUUCUUAUACGGUCGAGGAGUGCUGGACUGCAAGGAUUUACUCAUUGCUCUACUUGGUACAGUCGAAUUGUUACUCAAAGAGGGUAAGUUCAAGCCUGAAAGAACUAUAAUUCUCGGUUUUGGUUAUGAUGAGGAGUCCGCUGGUACUGGAGGUGCAGUCAUAUCAAGACACCUCUUUUCAAGGUAUGGUCCUGAUUCAUUGUACGCACUUAUAGAUGAGGGAGAUUCUGGGUAUAUGGAGGUGGAUGAGAAGACCAGAAUAGUUAUUCCUGCUACCGGAGAAAAAGGCCAUUUAAAUUCACUUAUUGAUUUAUUCACACCUGGUGGCCACUCUUCAUUUCCCCCGCCGCAUACUCUGAUUGGUCUUUUGUCGAAACUUGUCAGCAAAAUUGAGGAUUCCGAGUUCGAGAGCAUUCUUACUCCCUCCAAUCCAACCUUAAAAGAGUUACAAUGCCUUGCAGAGUACUCGUCUGUCCUUGACAAGGACUUGAAGAGCAGUAUUUUAAAGGCUCACAUGGAUGCCAGUGCCAACAAAAACGUCUUGGACUACCUUGACAAAGACAAAAUUCUCAGGUAUUUGGUAAGGACAUCUCAAGCUGUGGACAUUAUUGGUGGUGGAGUAAAGUCAAAUGCGUUACCCGAGCAUGCUUCAGUGUUGGUAAACCACAGAAUUGCCGUGGAGGAGUCGGUGGAGUCUACUAGACAAAAGAUAGUGAACCAAAUUUUGGAGCUUGCAAAGGAAUACGACUUGGGGGUUCUCGUGGACGGUAAAGAAGUCAAGGAAAAGACAAAGAAUGGUCACUUCGUAUAUACAACAAACGAGCCAUUGGAACCUGCGCCAGUGACACCUAUCAAUGAUGAGGUGUGGCAGACGUUUGGCGGUUCCUUAAGGUAUUUGUACGAAGAGCUCUUAUUCCCUGAAGAAGACAAAACUUAUGUCGUUUCACCUUUCCUUUCCAUUGGAAACACAGACACAAAGUCGUAUUGGGACUUGACAAGAAACAUAUAUAGAUACGUUCCAGGACUCACUGAUUUCGAUGCUAACGUGCACUCAGUCAAUGAAAGACUUGAGUUUGACGCCCAUUUGCUGGUGAUUGCCUUCUACUAUUAUUACCUUCAAGUUGUGGAUGGUGUCAGUGACCCUAGUUAG